AUGCUUCGGCCGCUAAAACCACUUCAGGACUGCCCUCCAAUGACUGGAGACGAGUGGUUCGAAUUUGCCAUCGAAGAGGAGCUACUAUUGAGAACAGACGAAGAAAGCCACCUUCAGAAUAUGGAAGCACAACACCAAGAGAAAAACCACGAAAUGGUCACACCAGUCCUAGCAGAUCAUGAGGAAAAACAAGAAGGUGAAAGAUGGGUCGAAUGGCUCACACGCUGGGUAUACUGCACAGAAGGUGCAAGCCUAACCUUGACAGACAUCCGAUAUGCGAGAGUUUUCGCCGACAAAGCGUAUCGAAGCCAAUGCGCAGCCGAGAACUGCGCUACCUUCAUUCGGAACGAUGAAGAGCUUGCGCGAGCAAUCAGACGUAAAUUGAACGGAAUCCUCAGUGUGACCGUAUCGCAAAGUCCAUACUAUGAUUCAAAUAUCGUCAAAGCUCUCGCGUCGGCAGGUAUCAAGUCUCUGCGGGCUAAUGUUUUGAUAAUUACUGAGCCGCGAUUUCCAGGUCCAGAGUCCUUUGCUACGAUUCAGCAGAUAGAAGUGCCACAGGCUAUGCAUCUGGGUAGACAGGACCUAUUGAAUGCUUGUAUACGAUUCCUGAGUACCGAAGAGAUUCAAGGAAAGGUCAAGAGAUACUCCGAUCGACAUGCUACGAUUCAAGAAUUGUCUUCUCGCCAGGCAGCACAGCUGUAUAGUGAUUUGAACAUCUACCAUCCAUUCUUCGAAUAUGCGAUUCGCUCUGUGUUUCCACUUGCUGCGGCUCUAUUCGACACGUUCGAGCCAGCUUCAAUCGGGGACAAGGUCAAGAAAGUCAAGAAACCUUUCCUAAGAGAAGGCUUAGUGACGAAUGUGUUGAAAAGACUACAAUCUAUUUACCCAGUUUGGAAGUACCUCACUGACCUUCACAGACGCCUGGCCAGCAAGGACGGCGAGUUUAAUCCUACAGUCAGUUUCGCCCACGCUCUAGUAGAAAAUAACAGCAUCGAACUCGUCAAUGAAUAUCUUCUUCAGGGUGGCGAUGUCAAUGCCGGUGGACCCCGCUGGACACUCCUCCAAGCCGCCGUAUCAAUGCACACCUACAAUAGCAGAAUGCACAAGAUUCUCGGACUACUUUUGGACCGGGACGCAUACGUGACCCUGGGACGAGGAGAGCAUGGCUCUGCGCUCCGAACAGCGGCUAUUUAUGGAAAAUGGGUGCUAUUGGAGAAGCUUGUGCUUCAGUGUUUGUCUUCUGGGGCCUAUAGGAUUGCAGAUGAUCUCCGAUACAUCAUAGAUGUUAUGGAGGACCAGGGCGGUAUCAAUCCAGGCGAAGACUUCUCAAAUAUGCCUGCUUCGGAACGCAUCGCCAUGUAUGCUAAGAGGCAGGUUAUUCGGAUUAUUGGAGAUCAGAUUCGCAGAGAUGAGCAAGAGAUCAAGCGGCACUUGUGA